ACCACCUAUAGGCCAGGAGCCAGCUUGGUCGCCUUGAAUCCCAUUACCAUGGGGACGGUGGCUGGAGACACGGAGAUAGUGGCAGCUGCAGGUGGAGAGGCUGCAGCGGCGGCGAGAGGAGCAAAGUCUGCUGAAGCAGCUAGAGGUGUGGCUGGAAGUGUGGCUGGAGCUGGGGAGACUGUAGUGGUGGUGAGGGCGGAGAGACCACUGCGGCGAUGACUGUAGGUGUUGCGGCCGCAGAAGCUGGAGCCAGAAGUGGCGUCUGCUCCGGAGACACAGGAGCUGGGGUGGUGGAGCGGAAGAAUGGGAUGUCUGGCUUGGGAGGCAGAGGGUCACUAGCUAAAUGGAUAGAGCUGUCUGGCGUUCCCACUCUGCCUCCUGCUUCCAUACCAACCCCAGGUACGGAAGGCGAGGAAUCCAGUAUUCUAACAUCAGAACCAUGCGAGUGGCGAAACCGAGCCCGUCUGCAGGCAGAGUAGGAUUUGGCCAUAGCCUCCACAUAGUCCUUGAUAGUUGAUGUAAGAUCCUUCAAGCCAUCUGGGUCCAUGAUGUUAUUAAUUUUAGCGUACCUCAUUGUAGUUCCUUGCAUUUGGUCCUUUUGUCAGAAAUUGAGGGUGUAGGUGGUGAGGCAAGAUGCUGUAGACCGAGGUGAAAAUUAAUGAUGGUGUUUAAUCAUGAAAAUAGGGCACAAAAAUACUCCAAAGUCCAAAACCCAGGCAGCUCUGCUGAGCGGUUGACAAGGGCUCAACACAGGUAGCGACUGGUACACGAAUGGACGGCUUACGACGGACUGAGAAAACAUUAGACAAACGACUGAUACAAGAUGAGAACCCGACGGAGACGCAGAGACACAGGUGACACUAAAUACACAGGAGGUAAUCAGGGAACGAGACACAACUAUUCCUGUAAAUAAAUAAUAAAUAAGUUCCUUCAGACAAUUCGCAUAGAUACUUUGUAACUAGCGAACAUUUCUUUCACUUAGUUAAAGAUGAAAAAAAUGUUGUUUAAAUUCUUAAUGGCGGUCAAUUUAAUUUCAUCCAGAGUCCAUGACUGAAGAAAUUUGAUUAUCAAAUUCUCUUGUCUGUGCGUGAGACUGGUCCAGCUCUCUUUGCACCUGGUCCCACCCAUUCAAAUAAGGAAGCUCUGAACCACCAGAUUUGUCUGGGAACCAGAGACUCAUCUAGUAUCAAACCUUACGCUGCUUGUUUUCAAGUUGGUAAUAUCCACUUUAAAUAAAUUGAGUGUAGUGUAUGAAAUAUUUUUUUUGGAAAUGCUACAGAUAUUUUCCUGAAAUUUGUGCAGCGCGGAGGUUCACCUAGUUAAAGAUGAAAAAAAUGUUUAAAUUCUAGACACUAACAGGUACCAUAUAAUUGCACAAAAAUCUGGGAUGGCGGAGUCCCCACUCGAAAUUCCGAGAAUGAGGAGUAUGGAGCCUCAACUUUUACUUUCAAAUUAAACUUCAUGUUAUUAUUGACCUUGUAGUCUAUGUACAGACUCCAAUGCUAUACACACACGCACACACCCCCACACACACACGUAUCUGUAUGAGUUUCUGUGUGCUAAACCUAUUGGUGUAGCACACAGAAACCGGUUUCUGUGUACAAACAGAAAGUUACUUGUAUACUAGGUUUCUGUUUCAGAUAAAAGUUUUUCUUGUGUUGGAAUAUAUCAUGGGAGGGGAUCUGGGUCGGGUUGUCAUAUAGGAACAGAGACAAGACUGAAGCUGUUCAUCAGCGACGGCUCUACAUCGACACACCUUAACCUGUUGUAAGGAACAUGUCCAAAACAAAAGGUUCACGGGUGGACGUGGGAGAGGCUAAGAAGAAGAAAUGUGAUCAGAAAACAGUUGAAGAUCCAGAAGACGUUUCCAUUUUGCUCAUUGGCAAAACUGGAACUGGCAAAAGCUCUGUGGGAAACAUCAUUGUGAACGCUAAUCAUUUUGAAGUUGGCAAGAAUACAGUGGGGUGCGAGAAGAAAAGCCAUCCCCUGCCUGAUGGCCGUAGAUUGGCAGUGAUCGAUACUCCGGGUCUGUUUCAUACCAAACUGACAGCUGAGGAGAUGAAGACACAGCUGACUAGAUGUGUCUCACUGUGUGCUCCUGGUCCUCAUGUGUUCCUGAUUGUGAUCGAGCCAAAACGUUUCUCAAGAGAAGACAAAGAGAUGGUGAAAAUGAUCAAGAGGAUGUUUGGAGAUGGAGCAGCUAAAUAUACCAUGGCCUUGUUCAGUCAUGGAGAUGAAAUGGAGAGAGAUGGAGUCUCAGUAGAAAGAGCUGUGUAUUUCAACCCAUCUUUCAAUGAUUUUCUCAGCAAAUGUAAAGGAGGUUUUCAUGUUUUUAACAACAACAAAGAGAACAGGAAUCAAGUUAAUGAGCUGGUGGGGAAGAUUGACAAUAUGGUUCAGAGAAAUGGAGGCAGGUGCUACACAAACGAUAUGUUCAGAGAAGCCCAAAGAGCCAUUAGUCGGGAGAUUUCUCAGGCUGGAGUAAAUAGAGAGACAGCAGAGAGAAACAACUCGUUUAUUCGAGCUGUUGAGCGAGCUGCUGCAGUUGCAGCCGCUGCUGAAGCUGCUGCUGAAGCUGCAGCCGAGGCCGCUGUUGCAGCCACUGCUGAAGCUAUAGCUGCAGCAGCGGCUGAAGCUAUUGUUGAAGCUGCUGUUGGAGUGGCAGAUGUUGUGAGUACAGUCACAGCAGUGAGAGAAGAUGGAUGCGUAACUCAGUGAUAAUCAUCCGAUUAGAAAUAGUUGCAAGUAACCACAAUGAUAGUGAAUGGGCUUGUAAGCUGUUAGUGAAUAGUAAUUAUUAAAUACAUAACUGAUUAAACACUUUUAAUAUAACCUUUAACAUUAAAAUACAACCUGUGAUUUGUGAUUUAAAGACAAUAGUUAACAUUGUCUUGGUUUGUGAUCUGCACAUUUAAUCUAAGAGAAUACAUUUGUUUCAUUGUUCAUUUAUUUAUUUUAGUUUGUUGUCAACAAUAAAUUCAAAAGAUGAUUUUUAUUAACUAAUAUCUACAAAGUGAUUUGGAAUAUAUGGCAUGUUCUUUACUUUGUGUUCAUAAUAAAUAUUUAAAC